AUGGCUCGAAGAAAACGCGGGUUCUUGGACGAUGGAGACUCUGACUCAUCCCAGGGCUCCGAUGCUGACGACUUGGGCGGCCGAUUCGACGAAGCCGACCCCGACGCACGUGAGGAGCGCGCGCUGUUCGAGGACCCAUAUCAACGGAAAAGACGACGAAAGAACGGGAAGGAGGACGCGACGUAUGGCGUCUUUGCUGAUGAUAGCGAGGAGGAGGGUUUUGGAGGGAAGAAGAGGAACGGAAAGCCUGCGAAGAAGAGUGACUGGGCCAAGGCGCCGUCGUUCGUCUCCGGGGAGAAGAAGGUGGAUCUGAAGCAGGACAUGGAGGUCGAGGAGGAUGCGGAGGAGGAGAGUGAAGGGAUGGACGAGGACGAGGAAAUGGAGGAGGCAGAUACAGAUGGGGAUGAGGGACAUUCCCGACCGCCGUCACCACGCGUUCGCGAGGAGGAGGAGGAGGAGGAGCAAAAAGAAAGACCAAAGUUCGGCGGACUUGGGCUUGGGGCAUCGAAAUCCCAAUCUUCAACUUCUUUCUCCGGGUUCACGAAGGGCGGUAUAGGUUCCUCCCGUCCAGCCGCAAUCUCGCCCUCUCCAGCAGCUUCACAUUCCCCAUCUCCAGCACCUCCCGCCUCUCUCCACGGCAAUCUACCCACCGCGUUUGGUGCCGCACGACCCCAACGAUCUUUCGUCCGCGACAACACAGGCUCUGCUAAUGCAUCGCGCUCAGCCACUCCCCUCUCCACGACGGAGCGCGCCCACCUCAGCAAGCUCGAAGGCUCCUUCGGUCUGCGCAUGCUUGCGAAGAUGGGAUGGGAAGCUGGUAAGGGUCUUGGUACAGCGGGCGAGGGAAUCGUUGCGCCCGUCGAGUCUAAGGUGCGCCCGAAGAAUAUGGGUAUCGCAUUCCGUGGAUUCGGAGAGCGAACGAGCCAAUCGAAGGCGGAGGCGCGCAGAAGAGGUGAGGUAGUCAGCGAUGACGAAGACGAGGAAGGCGUGAAAAAGGCCAAAAAAGCGAAAGGCAAAGGAAAGGAGCAGCCAAACAGGUCGGAUGCUUGGAAGAAGCCCAAGAAGGUCAAGACCAAAGUGGAACACAAGACCUAUGAGCAAAUUAUUGCAGAGGCCGGUCCAGAUGCUGCUACUCCAGGAAUCGGUAUCAUCAUCGAUGCCACAGGUGCCAGGCCCCGCGAGGUCUCGUCAUUGGCAGACGUGUCUAGGGCAUCAUGGACACCGUCGACAGAUUCUACUCGAAUACCUGAAGUGCGGCAUAAUCUGCGUCUCAUUGUAGAAACCACCACCAGCGACCUUGUCGGCCUCGCACGAGAGGCUAAACAUGUGCAACAGCGGAAGAAAAAAAUACAAGACGAGGACCAGCGGCUGCGAAAGCAGAUUGCCGAGGAAGCUGACCUCAUCUCCCGUUUGCAGCAAAUUCACCUAGUCGUCGACGACAUUACCGCGCAGGCGUAUGCACUUGGUUUAGUAGACGAGGUUUCAUUAGAAUUAUUCGCCCCAUACUUCGAGAAAUUGCUUUCUGAAUUUCCCCACGAGUUUGAUACAUAUCACCUCGACGAAAUCGUCGUGGCAGCAAUUGCACCUACAGCUCGGCGAAUGUUUGCAAAGUGGAACCCCCUCGAGGAACCAGGCGUCUUCCUUCCAAUCUUCAAACGAUGGCGCAGAGCACUCAAGUUCUCUGAUCAUGACGUCCAACCCCUCGGAACACAGGUUGACAUUUACGGGACAAGAACAUUGAGCGCGUCAAGGCCAAAGGAUGAAGAGCCUAUGACUCCAUUUGAAAGUCUACUUUGGAAUGGUUGGUUGCCCCGAGUUCGCUCAUGCGUUAACAACGACUGGGAUCCUCACGAGCCUCAUCCCGCCGUUGAGCUCUACGAAGCUUGGUCCACUUUCCUUCCUCCUUUCAUCCGUGACAACUUCCUAGACCAACUUAUCCUCCCAAAAGUAUCAAAGGCCGUGGCGGAGUGGAAUCCACGACGAGACAGUACCUCCCUCCGCACUUUGGUCUUUCCUUGGUUGCCCCACGUCGGAUUACGUCUCGAGGACCUGUUGGGCGACGCUCGGCGAAAGCUCAAAUCGCUGCUUCGCAGUUGGGUAGUCACAGACGCCGUUCCCGCUGACUUGUCAGCAUGGCGGGAAGUCUUCGAUCCGGGCGAUUGGGACGCAAUGUUGCUCAAAUAUGUCGUUCCAAAACUCAGCGCGACAUUGCGAGACGAGUUUCGUGUCAACCCACGGCAACAGAUCAUGUUGCCUUUGGAGAGGGUGCUAUUGUGGGCUCCUCUACUCCGACCCUCGAUCUUAUCUCAGCUGCUCGAGACCGAAUUCUUCCCCAAAUGGCUCGACAUACUUCAUAUAUGGCUCAUACAGCCCCGUCCGAACUUCUCAGAGAUCGCAGAUUGGCAUGAGUUUUGGAAUCGACGAGUCUUCUCGGAGACUGUGCGGAACAUGCCUGCGGUUCAGAAAGGCUUCACUCGUGGAUUGGACAUGAUGAAUCAGGCUAUUGAUUUAGGCCCGGACGCGCCGUCCAAACUUCCCCGUCCCGACUAUCGUCUCACUUCUUUCGAACCACCACCACUGGCGUCGGCGAAGCCCCCCGCGAAGAUAUCUGCAAGAGUCCAGGAGAUCACGUUCAGAGCAAUCGUCGAGGAUUAUGCAUCGACGCACAAUCUCUUGUUCAUUCCGAGUGGUCGUGUGCAUGAGCAGUCGCGUAUGCCGCUGUUUAGGGUGUCACUGACGGCGGAUGGAAAGGGCGGGAUUCUGGUAUAUAUUUUGGAUGACGCGGUCUGGGCGCCGGACGCCGAAGGGAACUACCGAGCCAUCAGCUUGGAAGAUAUGAUCACUAGGGCAGCGAGAGCGUGA